AUGACAAAGAACGCUAUCGAUGUGUUGACAACCACUUACAGCAUUGCCAAUGCACAGAUCGAUGCUGCCACCAAAAAGACGGUCGGCAAUUCCGUAUACCAAGCAAUGAGCUCUUACUAUAAUUACAUCAAAUUUGCACGAGGAUCAGGUGGUUUACCCGCAAGUCCUAAACCAGCCACAUUGAAAUCGAUCCAGAAGGAUGGUGUUACUUUUGUGCCAAACGGCGUGUUGCGAGCCCAUGUGGCUAAGGCAGAGUGUUGCCUUCAAAUCGCUAUUUUGCAGCUGUUGCAAGAAAACGUGAUGGGCUACAUCAAGUGUGGUAUGAAUCUAAGAAGAGCUUAUGCAAGUUACAGCUUGGUGUGGCAAGAGUACAAGCGUAUGGGUCAAAUCUAUCAUGAUUUUGUAGAUAGAGAUACGAUUUCUGGUAUUCAGUUUGGUAUCGGGGCUGUGCACCUUGUCUUGUCCACUCUGCCUCAAAAAGUGCUUCGUAUCGUAUCUGCUUUCGGCUGGAAGGCGGACAAGCAUCUCGGUUUUGCCUUGCUCAAGUUGUGUGUGGAGGAGAGACGAAUCCGCUCUCCUAUGGCAUCUCUCAUGUUAUUGGCUUACUAUACAGUGCUCACAUCGCUAUGCCCUCAAAUUUUGUCCAACGAAUAUACUCAACCCGCUAUUGAGACAUUGCUCGAUGCUCAAAGAACAUACCCUAAUUCCGCUUUCUUUCUCUACUUUGCUGGCCGCACAUCUCGUCUUGCCCGUAAUCUGACACUCUCUACGCAAUCAUUUACUUACGCCAUCGAGAUCAGUAAGAGCGAAUGGGCCGAAGUUGAAGUUCUACACACCUGCAGUUACGAAAUUGGUUACAACUACAUGAUGGAACACAAUUGGGAGGAAGCUGCCAAAGUAUUUGAUAUGCUUUACAAGGAGAAAUACUGGUCUCCUGCUAUCUUCCGUUACUUGACAGGUGCUUGCUUGGAUAUGAUGGGUCAACGCACUGAAGCAAUCCUCGCUUUUGCUGAAGUGCCCGAUUUGGUGGGAUCCAAGACACAUAGUACAGCCCUCACAGAGAAAUACGUGCUGCGUAAGGUUACGGCGUUCCAAGAGUGUGGUUAUCAGGACAUGGAUAUGGCAUUGUGUGCAUUGGAGUACUUGUGCUUAUUUACUGGGUUCGAUUUCAUGAACACUGAACUGCUGGAAGGAUCAUUAGACACUGUGGAUCAUGCAUUAGACGCUAUCAUGGAGGCAGAGAAGACCGAAUUCGGCAUUCGCACUAGAGAGCUAUUACCAGAAACACCUGCACCAAAGUACUUUGACCAACGCGGCGCUUUACUGCUCAUCAAGGCAUCUCUCUUUAACGCGAUGGGUCGAUUCAAAGAGUCUAUCAUUCACUUGAAUUGGAUCAUUGAUCACAAGGAACAAAUCGAAGUGGACAAGUGGAUUGUUCCCUUUGCUUAUUGGGAAGCCGGUGUCACAGCCUGGGGUAUGGACAACAAGACCCGCAGUAGAUCCUUCUGGGAAUCAGCUCUUCGAUUCAACAAAUUUGAUUUUGAGUAUAGAUUGGCUAUGCGAGUCAACCUGGCUAUUACAAAGGCUGAGGAGAUGGGUGUUCCCAAGCCAGCAGAUCCUAACCCUGCCAAUCGUCAUAAAGCUGAGAAGAAGGAGUCCAUCAUUACCUUGGAUUCCAUCCAAAGUCGACAAAGUACAUCGGAUGAUGCUUCCGCAAGAUUGAGCACUUCUGAUCAUACACCAGCAUCUGAACCCACUGUAUUCAAAGUUCAUGUCUAA